AUGUUGAGGAGAUUUAGGAUAAUGCAACCGAAAAUGCUCAGAACAGUGAGUAGGAGUUUUCCUCGAGCUCCUGUAGGUAUCAGCGUGCGGCCUCAUCUAAACAUCACGGGCUUUGAACAUUUCAUGGCGGAAACUUUGAAUCAUUCAACGCCUCCUGUUGAAUUAAACGAACCAUCGAUUCUGCACGAUAUUGAAAAUCAAGAAGAACUCGAAGACUACGAAAAUGCUAACGAUACAAAUGUUUACGAUGACUCUCCAGUUAAUGUAAGUGUUCUUGACAAUGACACCGAUACAGAUAUGGAGGAAUAUUCGGAAGGUUGA